AUGGAAUCAGACUCCCCCAAGAAGAAGCCUCGAGUGGGAGACGACCCACCCAAUGUGCAAGCAGACCCACCCAAUGGACAAGCAGACCCACUCAACGACCCAAAAACAACACCCCAGAACGAACCCUCCAAGAAGAGCAAGAGAAAGAAAGAUCCAGAAGUAAUGGCAGUUCGCAAGAAGAUCCAAAUGUGUUGUAAAUCCAAUGAUUUGGCCACCGCCUUGGAAGUGUACCGUGAUGCCUUGGCCAAGAACAUUAAGAUUGAAGCACAGAGCUUUUACAGUUUGCUCAAUCUCUGCGAUGGCUUGGAACGCAAUCGGAUCCAUAUUGGAACUCCCAAGCAAUAUGGACCCCUGAAGAAUAAUGGCAAUUCCACGACAACAAACACGGCGGAAGUGAAUGACAUUGAAGCAGACAACAGCAAGGCGGAUAAUCCAGAGGAUACGUCCACCGAAGACAAAACGACAACCAACAGCACGGAAACAGCAACCAAAAAACCUGUAGAUUUGGAGACUCGUCAAAAGGCUGCCUUUGAAAUCAAGGAACAAAUGGAUGAACAAAAAAUCCCUCUGAAUGAAACGGCCUACUCUGCCCUGGUCAAACUCUUGUCCAAAGCCAAACAGUUUGAAAAGGCCAAUGCCAUUUUAUCGGAAGCCGAAGGAGUCCAACAGUGUCGGGUCAAGAUACGCUUGUACUCUUCUCUAUUGAUUUCCUAUUGUCAAUCGGGAGAUUUACUCCAAGCCUUGGAAAUCUGGGCACGCCUCUCCCAGCGAGAGUUGGUCUUGACGGAAAGAGAAUACGCCGCACUCUUUGACUGUUGUGCCACCGUCGGCGAUGCCAUUGUCAUGCAAAAGGUCUUGACGGAUCUGUCCGAAGAUGUGUUGGUGCCAUCACGGGAGACGUGUCGGGCCAUUGUGAAUUGGUUUGAAUCGCCCUUUUCUUCUUCUUCUUCCACUACUGACGACGACAAGACGACAACAUCCCAAGCCAUUCUCGACAAGAUUGUGCUGCCGCCGUCCUUGCAGACCUACCAGACAGAGCCCAUUGGUCCCGUUACGACUGUCAGUGCUGGGGACGCUACCCAAAAAUGGCAAGUGAGCCACGGAUGUGGCAUCAAUACACAAACGGGCACUCUGGAAGAUGGAUGUUUAAAGGGAGAACAGCUGCAACAGGUUAAACUCUCCACCGUGGCUUGGCAGACAAUGGUGGAAAUGAACGAGAAAAUUGUGGUCAGUGGAAAACUCGACCAGGACACGUCGCAAUUCCAAGGAGGCAAAAAGGGGCGCAAGCGGACACUGGGUGAUCGGGAUCAGGAAGACCGCAAGCGCAUGUGGCAAGACUUUCAAAACUAUCUAGAACGAGAAAAGCAACAACGACCAAAAAGCGCUUCGACUACCUUUGAUGUCGUCAUUGAUGGCGCCAAUGUGGGAUACUUUCAAACCAACUACAAGGGAGCUCCCAAGCAUGUGGAAUAUCAACAAAUUGAUACGGUUGUGCAACACUUUUUGCAGUUGAACAAAAAGAUACUGUUGGUGAUGCACAGCCGACACUUUAGUCCCUCUCUCAUGCCCAAACGAUACCGUCCCAUGGUGGCAUCCUGGGAACGAGCGGGUAUUCUUUGCAAGUCUCCACCGGGAAUGAACGAUGAUUGGUUUUGGAUGCAUGCGGCCUUGUUGUCGGGACCAGGAACGUUGGUGGUGACCAAUGACGAAAUGCGGGACCAUCAUUUUCAAAUGCUAGCUCCUCGGUCCUUUUUGCGUUGGAAAGAACAUCAUCAAGUUCAUUUUCACUUUGGCGAGGACGAGAACAAGCCGUACGACAAGAAGCGCCCCCCUCGACGCGACCGAGCAGCAGUGUUUAUGUUUCCCCUGGUCUACAGCCGUCGCAUUCAACGUGUGGCAGACGGAUAUGCCAUUCCAUUGCCUAAAAUGGGCGAUGAGAAUCGGUUUCUGGAUGGAACGCAUACUGUGGAGGACGAUGCUCCCGAGAAAGAGACGUAUCUGUGCAUACGGCCAUUUCCACCAGCGAAAUAACACUUCAUAAUAGCUAUACUGUUAGCCAUGAACACUAUGGCAUUGAAUGGAUAGAUCACCACGGACC